CAUCAAAGUCCCGUCUCCUCUUCAUCAAAGUCACUGUUCGCUUCCUUUUGUAUAUAUUACUAAACAAAAGUAUAAAACUUCUUCACCAAAAAACAAGGGAAGAAAAUAAAAUAAUGGGUUUAUUAAGUUGUGCCUGUAGCAUGCUGAAGAAGAUUGUCUAAAAGAAUGCAAAGACCUCCGGGGAGAGUUCCUUUGUGGUCAAUAGCGGAUUCAUUUCUUAGAUCAAAUUCGAUUAAAUACAUAAUUACCGAUAAUAUGACAGGGACAAAGAAAUGUAGCUGGUGACGCAGGAUUUUGUCGAAGUAUUGCCACUUCAACUGGUGAUAUCAUUUUGGGGUAUGGAGAGGAAUCAACUGUAAAGUCCAUUCAGAAGCAAAUACUUGAUGCACUUAACCUGGGUGAGAGAGGCAGAGCAUCUAAUAUGCUUUCAGAUCUUGGUCAUGCAAACAAUCUAUUAAGACCUAAUGACUUUGUUGAUAUUCUUAGAUACUGUGCAAGAUCACCUGAUCCGUUGUUUGCCAUGGAGACUUGGAGAAUAAUGGAGGAAAAAGAGAUUGGCUUCAAUAACAUAUCCUGCUUGCUUAUGGUGCGAGCCCUUUGUAAAGGGGGUUAUUUGGAGGAGGCAUAUAAUCUCAUUAAUUUUAUUGGAGAAAAGCAUGGCAUGAAUCCUAGUCUGGCUGUGUAUAAUAGUUUCUUGGGAGCUUGCUCAAAAAUGCGCAACCUCAUUCUUGCCAAUAAAUGUUUGGAUCUGAUGGCACACCGAAUGUCUGGGAAGAAUGAAAUUACAUACAUGCAGCUUCUCAAGCUUGCAGUUUGGCAGCAAAACCUCUCUGCAGUCCAUGAAAUUUUGAAGGACUAUACCAAAUUGUAUAGCCCAAGUAUUUUGUCUUUGCAAAAUUUUAUUGAGUCCUUCACAAGGUUGGGAGAUUUAAAUUCUGCAUAUGAAACAUUGCAACAUAUGGUGUCUUUAGCCCUUCGAGGAAACACUUCCAUUGGUAGCACUGUUGAAGGAUGGCUGUAUUCUUCGAGAUUGGACAUUCCUAUACCUUCUAAUGUUGAAUUAGGCUUGCAGAGAUUUGGCUUGAAGGAGAAAAAUCAACAGUUUGUUCCUCUAAAAGCAGAUGAUGCUACUAAUAGUAUAGAGCAGAGCAUGAUCUCUAACCUUGGAAAAGAAGCUGAGAGAGCUGGAGUGGAUGAAACUAGAAGCCUUGCUACUAUGAAGGUCCUGAAGUCAUCUUUUGGUGAUGUAAUACAUGCAUGUUCACAAACUCGAAAUGCCAGACUAGCGGAGCAGUUAAUGCUGCAGAUGCAAAAGCUUGGGGUGCAGCCUUCAAGCCAUACUUAUGAUGGUUAUGUUAGAGCUGUUGUGUACAUGUGUAAGGGACAUAUGAGUAAAGGCAUGGAAGUGUUGAAGAUAAUGCAACAGAGAGAUUUGAAACCAUACAACUCAACCCUUGCAACUCUUUCAGUUGUUUGCAGCAAGAAUUUAGAACUGGAUUUGGCAGAGGCUUUACUUGAUCAACUUUCAAAUUAUCAAGAUCCAUAUCCAUUUAAUGCAUUUCUAAGAGCAUGUAAUGUUACGGAUCGACCAGAACGUGCUAUUAGAAUAUGGGCUAAAAUGAAACAAUUAUAUGUCCAGCCAGAUAUCAGGACAUAUGAGCUGUUGUUUUCAUUGUUUGGUAAUGUCAAUGCUCCAUACGAAUAUGGCACUAUGUUCUCUCAGGUAGAUUGUGCUAAAAGAAUAAAUGCUAUUGAGAUGGAUAUGGUGAAAAAUGGGGUUCGGCACAAUCAUUUAUCAAUGAAGAACUUGCUGAAAGCUCUUGGAGCGGAAGGGAUGAUAAGAGAGCUCAUACACUAUUUGCACAAGGAAGAAGACCUUUUCUGUCACAAUAAUAUUUAUUUUGGAACACCCAUCUGCAAUACAGUGUUGCAUUCACUUGUUGAGGCUGGAGAAAGUUACUUGGCGCUUCAAAUGUUCAAAAAUAUGAAAUCAAGUGGUUUUAGGCUAAAUGCUGCAACUUAUACUAUGAUGAUUGAUUGGUGUAGCAGUAUUCAAUGUUAUAAGACUGCUUGUGCACUAGUUUCCAUGAUGUUGCGUGAUGGGUUUUAUCCGCAGACAGAAACUUACACUGCUUUGAUAAAGGUUUUGAUGGAAGACGGAAAUUUUGAGGCAGCCUUGAAUCUUUUGGAUCAAGGGAGCUCAGAAGGGAUUCAACCUGAUGUAUUGUUGUACAAUACUAUUAUUAGAAAAGCAAUGCUCGAGAGAAGGAUCGAUGUUAUUGAGCUUAUUGUCGAGCAGAUGCACCGAGAAAACAUCAAACCAGAUUCAGUGACUUGCAAUUAUGUGUUCUCUACAUAUGUGGAAUGUGGUUUUCAUAACACAGCUAUGGAAGCUUUACAGGUUUUAAGCUUGUGGAUGAUUGAAGAGGAGGAGGAUUCUCUUCAACAAAAAAGGGCAGAAUUGGAGGAAGAUUUCAUUUAUUCCGAAGAUCAGGAAGCCGAGUCGCGAAUACUCGAGUAUUUUGUAGGGUGCAGGGAGAAUAUAGCAGUUAGCCUCUUGAAUUUAAGAUGGUGUGCCAUUCUUGGGUACCCAAUUUCUUGGUCUCCAAAUGAAACCUUAUGGGCAAGAAGACUUUCCACUAACUACUGUACCAGAAAGGAAGAAUUGAAAGGCAAGAGAUUUACAAACAUAAACUGAUGCUUCUUCAUAUCCACUUGGUCCAAUACAUGGAUCCUAGUCACCUUGGCGACGAAGGUGAGUUGUUGCAAUUUCGCUUCUCUGGUCUAUUUAGAACAAUUUUCGAUCUUCAGAUCUCGACAAAGUUGUACUUUGGUUAGAGUUGACAAUGAAGCUGGGGGUUGUUUGUAGUUGCAUAGCAUUUAGGGAUAAGGGUAUAAUUACUCCAGAUGUAAACAGUUCUGUUACUGCUAGACAGCAGUAUAAUUUCAUUAUUUACCUGACACUGAAUAAAAGAAAAAAAGGCGCCAAUCAGGAAAUCUCGACAUUGAA